UGACCCUGUUAUGGUAAGUGAUCGAAAUCAUAAUUAAAUUAAAAUAUACAUUUUUACACAGAUGAUAUGCUUAUCUUCAGUUAGAUUGGUUAAAAGAAAAAUUCGAAGUACCGAAUGCCUGGGAAUUAUCUACCGAGCACAGAAAAUGGAUUUGGAUGAAUAUCAUGAAAGCCGUGAGAUUUGAAGGAUUUUUACAGAAAAAGUACGCUAGCGAAAAAAGAUUCGGAUUGGAAGGUUGCGAAGCAUUCAUUCCCGCGAUGAUGCAAUGUUUGGAAACGUCCGCUGAAAAAGGAGUGGAGACCGUGGCGAUAGGAAUGGCACAUCGUGGUCGUCUAAACACAUUAGUCAAUGUUUGUUCGAAACCUCUCCAUCAAUUAUUGACUCAAUUCAAUCCUAUAGCUUUAGACGGCUUUGGAUCUGGGGAUGUGAAAUAUCAUCUUGGAACGCACGCUGAGAAAUUGUUACAGAGAAGUAACAAAAAAAUACAUGUUUCCAUUAUGGCGAAUCCUUCGCACCUGGAAGCUGUCGAUCCCGUUGUAGUAGGUCGAAUUAGAGCCGAACAAGUGGAAAAGAAAGAUACUAAAAGUGAAAGGUCAUUGGCACUCUUAGUUCACGGUGAUGCUGCUAUAGCCGGGCAGGGCGUAGUUUUUGAAACGAUGCACCUAACGAAUCUACCGGAAUACACAACUGGAGGUGUCAUUCAUGUAAUUAUAAAUAAUCAGAUUGGUUUUACGACCGAUCCGAGAUAUUCUCGAUCCAGUUGGCAUUGCUCGGACAUAGCGAGGGUCAUAAACGCACCUGUAUUUCAUGUACACGCCGACGAUCCGGAUUUAGUAGUUUAUUGUAGUCAAGUUGCUAGUGAAUAUAGGGCAAAAUUUCAUAAUGACGUUAUGAUCGACAUUGUCGGAUAUCGGAGAUAUGGUCACAAUGAGUUAGACGAGCCUAUGUUGACCCAGCCAAUCAUGUAUAAGAACAUAAGAGCUCAUCCAAAUGUUCUGACCAUCUACAGCGAUAAAUUAUUAAAAGAUGGUGUGAUAACAGAAACCUUUAUAAAAGAAGAAAUCGAUAAAUACCUAGACCAUUGCGAGACGGAAUUCAAAAAAGCGCAAUCCAUUCAAUCUAUACACAUGUGGGAUUGGCAUGAUAUACCUUGGAGCAAAUUCUUUUCAAAUCAAUCUUCGGAAAAUAAAAUACCGAAGACAGGCAUUGAUUUGGAAUCAAUUAAAACUAUGUGCAAAACUUUAUCGACUCCUCCAGAAGGGAUAACAGUUCACAAUGCGGUGUUAAGGACAAUGAAAAAACGAGGAGAGAUGAUGUCGGAAGAAAAAAUUGAUUGGGCUAUGGGCGAAGGUUUGGGAUUUCUUAGUUUAUUGAAAGAAGGACAUCAUGUAAGAUUAUCCGGGCAAGACGUUGAACGCGGAACCUUUUCCCAUCGAAUGCACAUUAUUCAUGAUCAGAAGAGGGACAAAGUAUAUAAAAAUCUUCUCAACGAUGUGUUCCCUGGUCAAGCACUUUAUACCGUUUCAAAUUCUUCAUUAUCGGAAUACGGGGUUUGCGGUUUCGAGGUGGGAUACUCGGCUUACAAUCACAAGACGCUUACGCUUUGGGAAGGACAAUUCGGUGAUUUUUGUAAUACCUGUCAGGUUACCAUAGAUUGUAUAUUAUCUUCUGGCGAAUCAAAAUGGGGUAGGCAAGUGGGACUAGUUUUGCUUUUACCACAUGGCAUGGAAGGUCAAGGACCUGAACAUUCGUCCGCAAGAUUCGAAAGAUUUUUGCAAAUGUGCGACGACGAUUGCAUUCACAUACCUGGAACAGAACCGAAUGCUGCCAAAGAUAAAUCUCCGGAAGAAAUAAUGACGCGACAACUUUUUGAAACAAAUUUAAUCGUUUGCAAUUUGACUACACCGGCGAACUUUUUUCAUGUUUUGCGACGGCAAAUAUUGAUGCCGUUUAGAAAACCACUGAUAAUCAUGGCACCAAAGUCAUUGCUUCGACAUCCCAUGGUGAUAUCGAGUUUUAAGGAAAUAGGCCCUGGUACAACGUUUCAACCUGUGAUCAGAGAUUACUCCGUCAAACCAGAAGGCAUUAAAAAGAUACUCUUUUGUACGGGAAAAAUAUACUAUGAUCUCAUUGAAGAACGUAAGGCAAAACAAUUAGAAGAUAAAAUUGCAAUAGUGCGAAUCGAACAAAUUUGUCCCUUUCCGUAUCACCUCGUUGCAGAUGAAAUAAAUAAAUAUCCAAAAUGCAAGAUAAUGUGGUUCCAAGAAGAACACAAAAAUCAAGGCUCGUACUAUUACAUAAGAGAUAGAUUAGCGCUAGCUUUGCGCCUACGACUGGAAGAGAUAAGUUAUGGUGGCCGACCACCUAGUGCCUCUUCAGCUACUGGAAAUAAGAACAUUUAUGCGACGGAAUUUCAAAACAUGAUGAAAAUGGCAAUGCAUCUUUGAUUGAAAUUCAAAAAAUGGUCAUUAUUAUAACCUUUCUUUCGAAUAUGAUAAUAAAAAUUCAAUGUUUAUUACGGGGUUAUCACUUUAACUCACCAACAAACACAGAUAUUUCGUCCGUUCUAUUUUCCAACGCGAAAAGAAUGAUCGAUUUGUACGAUUCCACAUUGCAUUAUGGCGUAUUCUUCUUUCGUUCGAUGUUAAAAAAGUAAUUGACACAUUGCUAAACAUCGCAUUCUAUGCCUGAGCUCAGAGGUGCGAGGUGUUGACGUAACUGACACGUCUCAUAUGUCACAUCUGACAUGUCUCAUAUGUGAGAAGAUUUUUAAGUACAUGCGCAUUCGUCCUUAAUUGAAGUUUCACACCCCAAACAAUACUUUCUAUCAUCGAUUCUAU